AGAGAAGCAGAUAGGGGGCGUUUAUUAGAGUGAGAUAACGGAGAAAGAUAAUCCUACUCCUGUCCAGCACUCUAAAAUGUGCUAGAAGGAGAGCGAUCCUCAGUGUAGCUAACCGCUUCCCACAGCAGAGGCGGUGGAGCGAAAGCCUUGCGUCGGAGUAGUGGGAUUAUCCCCUCUUUCUCGCAAUGGAAACGGAAUGAAAAACGUUGGACAGUUGUUUUAAACUCCAGUGCUUUCGCUUACAAUUCUUGCCAAAUCGCAUCCUGCUAUGUUAUUCUCCUUUUAUUUCCACUUCAUAUGUGGAUUCGGAGGGACAAUCUAAAAGGGAACCAACCUACGGCUCAACAYCUGCUCUACAAGUAGUUAGCCCCAGGAAAAGCUCUUAUUUUUGUGGAUGUAGAAAUGUGCAUGGUCUUCCCCCACCCCUGCCUCUCUCCAGAUGGUGAGUGAGCUGAAGCCAAGCUGGUUGUGAAGGUGCUGGUGGACGUGUCCCUGUCCUCGCCCCAAGCCAGACUCACCAUGGCGUCGGGAGUAGCGGCGUGGCUGCCCUUCGCCCGCGCUGCUGCUAUUGGCUGGAUGCCCGUGGCKAACAUGCCAAUGCCCAUCGCCCCCACCGAGAAGAACAAACGCGCAGACGAGCUCAUCGUCCUCAAUGUUAGUGGACGUCGCUUUGAAACCUGGAGGAAUACGCUAGAUAGAUAUCCUGACACCUUACUGGGCAGUUCAGAGAAAGAGUUUUUCUACAAUGAGGAGACCAAAGAGUACUUUUUUGACCGAGACGCGGACGUGUUCCGUGCUGUUCUCAACUUCUAUCGCACGGGCAAGCUGCAUUACCCCCGCUCCGAGUGCAUCACGUCCUACGACGAAGAGCUGUCCUUCUUUGGGAUCAUUCCUGAGAUCAUCGGAGACUGCUGCUACGAAGAGUACAAGGACCGUAGGCGUGAGAACCAAGAGAGACUGAUGGACGAUGACGAGGACAAGAAAGAUGCCAAGCUUCCCAAUAUGACGUUCAGAGAGACCAUGUGGAGGGCCUUCGAGAACCCUCACACCUCCACCAUGGCCCUGGUGUUCUACUACGUCACCGGCUUCUUCAUCGCCAUCUCAGUCCUCACCAACGUGGUGGAGACCGUGCCUUGCGGUGCCACCCCUAACACCAAAGAGGUGACGUGCGGCGAUCGCUACACAGUAGCCUUCUUCUGCAUGGACACGGCCUGCGUCCUCAUCUUCACAGUAGAGUACCUCAUGAGACUGUUUGCUGCGCCAAGCCGCUACCGCUUCAUGCGCAGCGUGAUGAGCAUCAUCGACGUGGUAGCCAUCUUGCCCUACUACAUUGGCUUGGUGAUGACAGACAACGAGGAUGUGAGCGGGGCCUUCGUGACGCUCCGGGUCUUCCGGGUCUUCCGUAUCUUCAAGUUCUCCCGCCACUCUCAAGGGCUGCGCAUCCUGGGGUACACGCUGAAGAGCUGCGCCUCAGAGCUGGGCUUCCUCCUCUUCUCCCUCACCAUGGCCAUUAUCAUCUUCGCUACCGUUAUGUUCUACGCCGAGAAAGGUUCCACGUCGAGCAAGUUCACCAGCAUCCCAGCCUCAUUCUGGUACACCAUCGUUACUAUGACGACACUUGGGUAAGGGGAGAAACAUCUGUUUUUGUGCGUGUGCGUGUUGUCUGUUUAUCUUUCUGUUUUGCUAGUCUGACGACUGUUCACUACACCUUCUAUGUGUGCUCUUUAUCUG